CCAACGACAAUCUUGCCAUUACGCAUGUGCGCGCUGGGUUGUUGUCAUCGGUGGUUAUGGAGAUGAGAUGGGAAUACGAACUGUCAACAUUACGGUAAUGUUCGUGUGUCUGUUAGAGGGAUGCCCAGAAAGAUAGGAUUCAUUGUGGUCAGCUCUUCAAGUCAUGAGGACAACUUCAGUGCCAAGGAGCUCAUGGUCCAUGCACCCACUGUCAAUGGGUGGAGGUCCAGCAGGCUUUGCUCCUACCCUCAACACAUCACCCUCCAGCUGGUGGAGAGAAGUAGAGUAAGGAAGCUGCAGCUGCUGGCCCACCAGUACCUUAUCCCAGCCAAGGUGGAGUUCCACAUUGGAGACACCCUCCCUGAAUCCAGCACCCCAGGGCUCCCGGGGCAGCUUCGCAGACUCGGGUAUGUGUCUUUGUCGGAAAAUGAGAAGACAGGCUUCAAAGCUCGGGAGCUGAAGUCAGUCCAUGUAGACGCCAUCGGAAUGUACCUGAGAAUAACCUUCCAUGGGAACCACGUCAACCGGCACAAUCACUACAAUCAGGUGGCUUUGGUUGCCAUUAAUGUUCUGGGAGAUUCUUUGGAUGGCAAUGCAUUUAACACAAUUCCAAGCAGAGAACAGCUGAUCGAACACUACCUCAACAGUACCCAGCUGGAAGCCGCCUUGGACACGACCCUCAUGGGCAAAUGUGAGUCGAUAUCUCCUUUGGAUGACCUGGCCUUCGACAUGUACCAGGACCCUGAAGUGGCCCAUAUCAUCCGACUCCUGGACCAAAAAAAGCAGGACAUGGUUCGCCAGGAGAAAUACGAGCAGGCUAAGAACCUGAAGCAGGCCAUAGCUGACCUGCAAAAGGUGGGGGAGCGUUUGGCUCGAUAUGAUGUGGAGAAGCGAUGUGCCAUCGAAAAGGAAGACUAUGACCUUGCCAAGAAGAAGAAAGAGCAGAUGGAGGAGUACCGGAGGAGCGUCUACCAACAGCUGGAGGUUCACAACCUGCUGGACAUGGCAAUGAUCACGAGGGCAGCAGAUUCAACCUCAGCCCAGGAUCCACCCUCCCUUCUGCCGUCUCCAGGUCACCAUUCAGUCCCCGCCAAGCCCCUGUCUGUGACUACAGACACACUGAGGAAGGGGAAGAAAUCUAACACUCCUCAGAACCAACUGUCAGACACAGAAACUGUUGAGGCCAAACUGAGCCAACCCAACACACCCUGCACCCAGUCUACUGUACCCAAGAUAGACGUUAUCAGUGUGCCUUAUGAUGAGAGGCCACUGCCAGCCCUUCAGAGGAAAGACUGGCCAGUGGAGGCCAUUCAGAGCCCUGAAAUAGGGCACUCCCCCCAACCUGACAUCCAAAAGAGUCCACCUAGCCCUGAGAUGAGCGGAGAGCCAGAGCCCCUGACGGAGAAGGCCCAGAGAGAGGCUGGCCUUCCCAUAGAGAUUUAUGGAGAAAACCUGAUAGCUAGGGCAUAUUCCAAAACCUGGUCCUACAGAGAGGAUGCACUUCUGGCUGUGCACAAGAGGCUUUUGCAGGUAUCAUCCACCACUCCCAAAGAGGAGCUGAGAAACAUGAUAAGAGCUGCAGUUUUCCUGGUCAAGAGGGCCCUCCUGGAUAAAGUGUCAUCCGUCUUCCAGGCCUCCUUGAAGCUGCUGCGGCUCCUGCUGAGCCAGCUGAUCCCAGGUCUGGGUCUGGGCAGGGCUGAGGUGACCUACUGCUUGGAGCAAACUUGGCCCAACCUGCUGGCCAGAACCGGAGACCCAGCCAGCCGCCUCCGGGUUACGGCCACUGCCUUCAUACAGGAAAUUGCUGUUUUGAAGGAUGUGCGCACCCUACAGGUAAUCCCUGGGGAACUAGUGAAGCCCAUCAAAUCCAACUUCCCUUCCCGUCUGGCUCAGAGUCGGGCCGAGCUGCUAGAGAAGCUACUCGCUGAACUUGGUACAGAGAACUCUGGAUUCACUCUGAACAAUGUCAUGACGUUCUGUACAGCGGCGCUGGAGCACAGUGCGUCUGCGGUUCGAGAGCUGGCAGUCCGCAUCAUCUUAUCCAUGUACCAGCAGCACAGAAGUGCUGUUCUCAGCUACCUUCCACCCAACAAUGCUGCCACACGGAAGAACUUCCUCUACAAAACCCUCUUCGAUGGCUUUGCCAAGAUCGAUGGAAAGCUGGUGGACACUCAGACUUUGAAGAAGGGCGGUGGUCAACAGGAUGGGCAAAGGGAGAAGGAGGAGAUCCACGCACUUCAGGAGCAGCUGGCUGCCUUGAAAGAGAUCACAGAAAGAGGCAAUGAAAGCACCAAAGGACAAAUGGCCAAGAAAGAAGUUCCCAAAGUUGAAAAAGAGUCCCAGAAGGCUGGUAAAGCAACUGUCACAAAAUUGCCCCAGAACGAGAUAGCACACUCUGUAGACGUCCAACAAUCUAUCACUUAUCUGGACAACUUGUGUAUAUUCUGCGGUAAAAAGGAUGAGUCAUUCACAGAGGAUGGAUUGGACCUUCACUACUGGAAAAACUGUCCUAUGCUGCGACGCUGUGAUGAAUGUAGACAGGUAGUCGAGAUAGCCAGCCUCACAGAGCACCUACUGGGUGAAUGUGAAAGCAGUUCCAAGUUCAGCCAGUGCCCACGCUGCUCGGAGGCUGUGGCCACUGAAGACCUGUCUCGACAUGUCCAGGGUCCCGCCUGCAACCCCCCCACCUCGGGUAAAGGCUCCAACCACUGUCCUUUGUGUCACAACAACUUCAUGCCUGGAGAGGAGGCCUGGAAGGCUCACCUCAUGGGCAGAGACGGCUGUAAACAAAACUCACGCAGGACUGCGGUGUCCCAGAGAACCCAGCCAGUACAAGGCAGGGCUGUUGGUGGAGCCAAGCUGAAGCAGGCCUGGUCGGUCGGGGCCAGAGCCAGGCCUAUGGGAAGAGGAAGCCGGAUCCCGGCCCUGGCACCCCUGGCCAGAGGACAUACACCAGGGAAGCACUGAAACUGGUUUGAAGCACCCUGGGAACCCCCACCAGCACCCAGAGGAGGAACCCAACAGCAACAAACACCCUUGUAAUAGCCCCGACCCUAAUCCACAUAUUUCCUGCUCCCAUGUUCCUGCAUAGAGGCACUUUUAGAGAAGACAUCCGAUAGGUUUCAGAGGUAUGAAAUAGGAUUUUAAAGGCCAAUACAGACUUUUGAUUGAAGCCACCAAUGUGUUAACAUCUUUUUUUAAGACUGUAAGAGAAAAAGAAGGAUUGUAUGUAUGUAAAAAGUACAAAAAUAUGUGAGAAUUGUGUCACAUAUUCACUCAACAAGACACUUGAUUUAUUGUAUGAACUCAAAUGAAAUUCUAGUCAUACGAAACUCCACACAGAGAAGAGACAUCUAGACUCACUGAGAUUAGAUCUUUUGUCUCUUUUGUCUAUACAUCUAGCCUCUGGCGUCACACAACUACUGGGAAAAUAAACACGAGCACACUGCUGUUUACUGAUAUCUCCUUACAGAUUUACUGAUUUUUCAGCCUUUCACUCUCAUUGUGAGAAAUUUUACAGCGUAAAUGGAGGUAGUCCAUUGAUAUAGUAUUUCACUUCCAUAAAGCUGGGAGACUCACAUGAGAUAGACUUUUUUAAUCCAUAUGGAUUCUACAUUUAUCAUAAUGUAGUCACAUAGUGUGUUUUUUACUCUGUAGUGUACUGUAUUUACCCUCUGCCAUUUUAUUUGAGUGUCUGAAUUCUUAGUGCCCUCAGAGUCCCACAAUGGAACAACAAAAUAAUGUUUGUGACGUAUAUGCUACCCCACAAUCCCACAAUGUGAUAAUUCACAUUUUAUAGAUGUGCAAAAUAUCGUUGCGCAACUCUACAUCUGUCAGUGAUGACUCAAAAUAACGAUAAUUCACAAGUGUCCAAAUUCUCAGUUAACUGCUUACUUAAGAGUAAACUGCUGAGUAUCUGUUAUGAAGAGAGAAGUGAAAAAGUGAACGAGGGGGAGAUUUUGGACACAACCCCUGUCUGUCCGGUAAAUACCCACGACUUAUAAACUCCACACUUCCAGUUUGUAACACAGGCUUUCUAUGUGUGUUCAAGCCCACGCCGAGAUAACCGCGAUGACAUCAUCAUCAGAGGGGUAUUAUCUAAGACUUGACAAAGCUCCUCCAGAGCCAUAGAAGACAUUUUACAGCUGUUUUCACAGGCUGAGUGGCCCCUUUACAGCUGCACAAGGUGUCUAAUGCUGCUAAAAAUAUGAACAUUUAAUGGCAAAAUGGUAAAAAAUCAGCAAUUUUACCUUCAAAAACUUUCUGUAUGUUAGUAAAAACAGCAUUUAGACCACAAACUCUCCAGUAAAACCCAGGAUAUAGAUUAGGGAUUUAGGUUGAGAGCCUCCCAUAGACAACCAGCGUAGCAUCAAUCAGUUCUUCAAUAAAUAUGUAAUCAAUCAAUGCAUCUUAUCAGAAGUGAGUGAUUCAUACAAGCACUUCUUGUAAAGCAGUAAUGAUAGGAGAGAGGGAAUGAGGUUGAGGUUCAGUUAAAGCAGACUUUCUGCUCCCGUGGCAACACUCCAGCUGCAAAUGCUUCAGUCCCAAAGCCAUCGACGACCUGAAUGUAGCUUUACUGUCAGCUUCACCUCUGUUUACAUGUUUCUUUUCAUUUCUUGUCUUAAGUUAUAUAUUAUAGAAAGAAUAAAGUAGCACUUUGCCAAAGGGAAGAUGCUUCACUGCUGAAUUUCCAGUAUAUACAUUAUGGAUUUAAUUUAUUUCCCUGCCGAAUGCCUACUGACAAUCUUUAGCACAGUUUUAUAUGCUCGACUAGUCUAGCAAGAGAGACGACAGAAUUAUUAAAAUGUAGAGAGGAGCGGAGUGGAGAUGAAUGUAAACAGUAGAACUACUUCUGUUGAAUAUCACUGAUUCCAGCAAACAGUUUCAAGCACUUCAGUGGCUUUAAACUGAGAAACGUAGCGUGACAAUAAUUCACAUGAUGCAUUUUUAUCACUAUGUUACUACUUAUGUUGUACUACGCAGUGUUAUGAUGAUGAUUGUUGAUUGUAAUAUAACUGUUAUUCAUCUACAGCCAAGUCAGAAUGCACAUCUGUGAAACUCUCGACUGACAGAAACAUCCUAAAAAUUUAGAUUUUUUACAUAUACUUUUGCAAAUUGUUAUGUUAGUAGUGUGAAUUCUUUAUAAUUAUUGUGUGAUAGCACUAUCUGUUGUAUUAUUAGAGUAAACAACCUCAACAUAGAUGAUGUAUAAAAGAGUAUAUUUGGUUUCUAUCCUCCCAGUUCAUCACGUUGGCUUUAAUAUGUUUCUGUAUUGAGAAUAAUUGCAACAGUGGAUAUUUUGUUGAGCUUUUAUGUGCGUAGCAGUCAGUAUUUUCUGAAUAAUAACUAUUUUUUUCUGCAAAGGUAUCUGUAUUUGUUUAAAUAAAGCUAGAUUAAGCUGAACAUUGCAAA